GCCAGCACGCAUCAGACAGGGGAGGGAGUCCCAGACUGCGUCGGCUAGACGCGAGCGGGCGGCGGCGCAGCUGGCGUCGACAGGCGGGCGGGGCCGGGGACGCCGUGUGCGCGUUCAGCAGGACUUGGUGGAGAGUUCAUCUCCUUCAGGCUAUAGGAGUAGGCUGGCUCAGGUAUCUUCUUCCCGCCAGCGAGAGGAGGAGGAUGAUGAUGAGGAGGAGGAGGAGGAGGUCAUACCGGAUGUUGACCCUCCAGUCGGGGAGGAGGAGGAGCAGGAGGAGCAGGAGGUGGAUAGCUAUCCGGGAGGGCCUUUUGACACUUCCCUGCUGAUUCACUACCAGGAUCACGUCGCUCGGCGGAUCUGGGAGGGAGAGGAGAGAGAGCCAUUGAAAAUGGUGAACCACUCCAGGAAGAUUUUCGGUCUGUUUAAACCAGCAGCUGAGUGGUUUAACGACCAUGUGCGAGGUUCAGGGCUCAGCGGGCUCUGCAUGACGGGGUACACCACCAUCAGCACCGGCAUGCAGGGGGCAUUUGUGGAGCGCUGGCACAAGGAGACGUCAUCUUUCCACCUGCCGGUUGGGGAGAUGACGAUCACCUUGCAUGACGUCCAGUGUCUUCUCCACCUGCCUAUUAGGGGGCCGCUGUUGACCCACUCCAAGAUCCAGAGGGUGGAGGCCAUUGAGUGGAUGACGCUAUAUCUGGGCAUGGAGGAGGAGGUUGCUCACUUUGAGUGCGCCACGACUUGUGGGCCUCAUGUCCGGUUCACUACACUGAAGAUCUAUUUUGAGUUCCACCUGGACGCGGCGGCCGAGGCCGAGGAGGCGGGUGACGAGCUAUUCACACAGUAUCACCGCGGCUGCGCUCUCCGGUGCUGGUACAUGCAUGUGGUAGGCGCUGCAUGCUUUUGGAGGAGCCAGAAAAAUUACGAAGCUUGA